AGGCACGGUCACGGAUUAUAUCCAGAUGGAACGUCCAAAGAGAAAGGAGCCUCCUAGGAAUGAUCCAGAUUAUUGGCGAGCGUACGAAACGCUUCCGAUUGCGGAAUUUUUCCAGGGCUGGAUAGAUAAUUAUCGCUCUUUGGACUGGGUUACUGUCCCUGAGAAUACCGAUGAUGGGGCGAUGCUGAGUCGGACGAAGAAAACAGAUGAAGUUCGAGCUAUUUAUCGUGAGCACGGCUGGCCUGAUUCUUUCAGGAGGGAAGAAUGUAGGAAGGCAUUGAUAGAGUGGGAUAAUAAUUGAAACAGGAUCAGCGGGGGCAAGGAGCUAUAUGCAACAAGGAUAUUUGUCUGAUUAAAUGGUGAUCCUGCUGUAAAGUGGUCAACCAAGAAGCUAUUUGUGAGCUACAAGUUGAAAUCUCAGGUUCUACAAGUGCCUUUAACGUUAGUAGAGGUCAAAAAAAAACCGUCGGAGGACCCUCUAACAUUAGUGAAAGGCA